UAACUGUGUUCCAGAAACCGUCCAGAAACCGCCAUUCCACGCGGAACUGUGUAGCUAGAGCAGAUGUCUGCCAGCCGGAGGUUCGCCUUUGCAAUAUGCAUUUUAGAAAUAAGUCUCUUGAGAGCGGGGCCCACUCCCAGGUAUGACUCAGAGCCCCAGGAAACAAGAGGCACACCACUUCCCAUAAACUGCAGGAUGAGCUCCUGGAGUGGAUGGUCGGAGUGUGACCCCUGCCUCAAACAAAUGUUUCGCUCAAGGAGCAUUGAGUUCUUUGGACAAUUUAAUGGGCAAAAGUGCGUGGACGCCGUGGGAGACAGACGGCAGUGCGAGCCCACAGAGCCCUGUGAAGACCCUGAGGAUGACUGUGGAAAUGACUUUCAAUGCGGUACAGGCAGAUGCAUAAAGAGGCGACUUCUGUGUAAUGGUGACAACGACUGCGGAGACUUUUCAGAUGAGGAUGACUGUGAAAAUGAGCCCCGUCCCCCCUGCCGCAACAGAGAGGUGGAGGAGUCGGAGCUGGCGCGGACAGCCGGCUACGGGAUCAACAUCCUAGGGCUGGACCCCCUCAGCACCCCUUUUGACAACGAGUUCUACAACGGACUCUGUGACCGAGUUCGGGAUGGCAACACCUUGAUGUACUACCGCAGACCCUGGAACGUGGCUUCACUCGCCUAUGAAACCAAAGCUGACAAAAAUUUCAGAACUGAACAGUAUGAUGAAGAGAUGCAAGUGUUCAGAAGUAUCAUCCAAGAGAAGAAAUCACAUUUUAAUGCAGAUUUAACUGUAAAAUACACACCUGUGGAAGCAAUUAAACAGUUUGAAAGCAAAGAUUCAAAACCUUCUGAUGGAGAAAACUCCUCAAAACAUGCCCAGGGUAACUUUAAAUUUUCAUAUUUCAAAGAUGAAGCUUACAAGCGGUUGUUGUUAUACUCUUCUAAGAAGGAAAAACUCUUUCUGCAUGUAAAAGGAGUCGUUCACCUGGGAAGAUUUGUGAUGAGAAAUCGGGAUGUCAUGUUGACAACAACUUUCUUGGAUUCUAUAAAAGAUCUGCCAGCUACCUAUGAAAAAGGGGAAUAUUUUGCAUUUUUGGAAACCUAUGGAACUCACUACAGUAGCUCUGGGUCUCUAGGAGGACUCUAUGAACUAAUAUAUGUUUUGGAUAAAGCUUCCAUGAAGCGCCAAGGUGUUGAACUAAGGGAUGUGAAGAGAUGCCUUGGGUUUAAUCUGGACUUAUCUGUGAAUGUUGGAGUUGAAAUCAAAGGAAAUGUUAGUUCAAAAAAUUGCUUAAAUAGGGGCGAAGGUGAAGUUGAACACACCAUGACUGACAACCUCAUUGAUGAUGUUAUUUCAUUCAUAAGAGGAGGAACCCAAAAAUAUGCAACUGAACUGAAAGAGAAGCUUCUCAAAGGAGCCAAGACGAUUGAUGCAAAUGACUUUGUAAAUUGGGCCUCUUCCUUAAAUGAUGCUCCAGUGCUCAUAAAUCAAAAACUCUCUCCAAUAUAUAACCUGAUCCCAGUGAAAAUAAAAGAUGCACACCUAAAGAAACAAAAUUUGGAAAGUGCCAUUGGCGACUACAUCAGUGAAUUCAAUAUAAGAAAAUGCCAGCCGUGCCACAAUGGAGGGUCUGUGGUUCUGCUGGACGGACAAUGUCUGUGCUCCUGCCCAAACAGGUUUGAUGGAGUUGCCUGUGAAAUCAGAAAAUAGAACAUCUAGGAGGGAUUGCCAGACCAAAAAAAAGUAAAAAAAGAAAAAAAUAGAGCUGUUGGUUUCCCUGGGAUUGAAUGGAAAGAAAAACACCAGGAUCUUCCAGAGACAGUUCUUGCUGCCAAAUGAAAAUCAACAUGCUUCAUGAAAAUCCUACCAACCUCUGAAGUCUCCUCUCUCUUAGAUGCACAAUGCUCCCUUUCCUCCUUAAACUCCUAUGAUGUUUCCAUUUUCUAUUCCCUAAUGAGGGGAGUCAGCAGUGAAAUAUGCCAGGACUGCUUCUCCCACAGCCAAUGCCAAUCUCUUGCUAGCAAAACAAAACUAAAUUAAAAAGAGAAUGUUGGUUAAAAAGAAUUUAAAGUAAUUGCCAAAGUUCUUUGUAUGAUGAAUAUGUUCUGCCAGUUCCAUUACAAGUCUGUAGGGUGCAAUUUCGCUCUUGUUUACAUUCUAGCAUCUCGGUCGGUCAUUCGUGGAUAUGUGCAUGCAUUCAUUCUGUAGAUACUUGCUGAACACUUACCACAAGCACUGAACUCUGCUUUUUAAGUCUUAGCUCUCUGAUUUAACUCUACAUCUCCAAAAGGAAAAGUGUAUUGUAUUUGUAACCAAAAAUCAUUAGGUUGAAUUGUGAAAUUGUCUGUAUUCAGUCAUAUUUUACCAAAAACAAAAUUCCAAACCCAGUGAUUUCAUAUGGUCCAGCUUAAUAUCUAGCCUUACGAGUUGUGUAAGGUAAGUCUGCCUACAUAAGAAGCUAAUUAAAGGAGCUGGUUGCACAAUUUUUUCAUUAGAUAGCAUGCUGCUUAAGACCUGGGGGCUUUUGUAAAGGUCUGAGAACCCUAAAAGAAGAAGAAGGAGAAAAGAAAGGUUCAAAGUACAAGGGGAGAAAGGCAAAAUCAAGAUUAAUAAA